UGCGAAGUGCCAACAGCGCAUUCAUAAUGGCCCCAGACACUGCUGUGGAAGCGCCUGCUUCUUCUGUCGUGACCGCGAAGGCGGAUAAAGCAUGCGCCGAUUGGAAUCGAAACACGAUUUCGUCGACGCCGGCGACGACCUACUCUUGGCUUCCGGCCUGCAUCAACCGCAAACUACUGCCCUUCAAGCUGCACUACUUUCUAUUCAUUGCAGGAGAAGCUGGCGUCGGACCGUACAUCGCCGUUGUGGGAAGACGAAACGGUAUUGGCCCUGCUACGAUGGCGGUCAUCUUCGCCAUCAUGCCGCUCACAGCGGUCGUCUUCAAGCCAGUGUGCGGUUUUAUUAUCGACCGAACUCGAAACGUCACUGCCGUCAUCCUAGUGCUGCAAGUUCUAUGCACCAUAUUUUACGGCAUCGCUUUCUUCUGCCCCAGCGCCAUAUCUGAUGGCGCGACAUACCAUGGUCAUCUGAGUUGCCCACCGGGGGCGUUCGACGUCACAGGGACUUCAGGAUCGGAACGGUGUCAUUCUAGCGGAAGCGGUUCCUUAUUUUGUGUGUUGUCUACGGAAAAACGUCUGUGGGAAGGGGUCAGCGUUAGCAUUACCAUGGACGGCAACAUAGUGUUGGCCAAUGGGUCUGAACCAUGUAAGGACCUUCGGAAUAACGAGUCACUAGCAAACGACUUCCUCGUCGUUCCUGGCGAUAUGAAGUGCUCUUGCGAUGCUGCACUGUACCAUAACCCAAACUUCUGGAUCUACGCCGUAUCAGCUAUCCUGGGCUUCGCGUUGGCCGCAGCGCUGAACAACGUCGGCGACGCCGCCGUGAGCAAUGCGCUCGGCUCGGACAUCGAAGUCUUCGGCAGACAACGUCUCUUCGGCACCCUAAGCUACGGCAUGACGUCGCCGCUGAUUGGAUACCUUGUGGACGUAGCAAGCAGCGAAAACUUCACCGACUACAGGCCCUGCUUCUACGUAUUCGCCAGUGCCAUGCUUCUAGACAUGAUCCUUAUCCUCUCCGUGCCAAGGAUGCGCGUCGCCGAAGUCUCCGUCAACUUCUUCAAGGAUAUCGCGCAGCUCUUGUCAAGUCCCGAGAUCCUGCUCUUUACGUUUUUCACAUUUCUGGCGGGAUCCUUGAUGGGCUUUCUCAACGCGUUCGAGACGUGGUUCUUGGAAGACUUGGGAACACCUACGUACCUCAUAGGCCUAACCAAGACAAUUCAGUGCUUCGGAGCUGAGCCCGUGCUGUUCUUCCUGUCGACGUACAUACUGAGGAAGAUCGGGUACUUCUACUCCUACUCAGUGGCAUUCGUGCUGUUCGCCUGCAAGGCCAUCGGCUAUUCGUUCCUGCAGGAUGUCUGGGGAUCGCUUGCCGUGAACAUCGUUGGGGGAGCCAUUUUUCCGAUGGUGUACGCAACUAUGGCUGUGUUCGCUAAGAAGAAGGCCAGACCCGGAACAGCCGCCUCAAUGGUCUGCAUCCUCGGAGCCAACUACGAUGGUGUCGGUUCGGCAGCAGGCAGCUUGGUAGGAGGCCUCAGCGUCGACAAGAUCGGAGCGAGCCUGACCUUCCGCUACAUUGGGUUCUCAUCGGUGGCAGCCGCGCUCCUCAGUGCGCUCUGUUACUUGCUCCUACGCUGUACUGCCGAUCACGAAUACGAUAUUACACCGGAGAAGCCUGAGCCAUCUACUAUUUCGGGCAGCACAUGUGGUCCUCCACGCUAUUCGCCGAAGCUUGAACACGAGACGCUCGUGGAAAGUUCGUCCAAACUUUAGCAAUCGAAGUCGCUUUCGAUGUGCGGUUACAUUAGAUCCACGUAGCAGGCUAAGUUCAAAGAAUCGUAUAUGUCAACCUUCACGAAUCGUAUAGACAACCUUCACGUGACCCGCAAUGCGAAAUACUUGACUAGAACAUCUACAUGGUAAAAGCAGCGCAAACAGACGGCGACACGAGAAGAAGAACGACACAGCCAGCGCGUCGCCGUCUUUUUGCGCUGCUUUGACGAUGAAGUUCAAAGAACUAGCCCAGUUUUUGCACGCUCUUGCAGAACACCGGCACGAUGUAAAAGGAAAUCAAGGAUUUUAAGCGGUUUCAUUAUAGCGUGAUGCGAAGUCCUGGGCCCAUAUUCACAAAAACGACUUAAGCUAAAAAUUUUCGUAAGAGAAUAUUUGAACCAAUCACGAUGCGGGAUAUAUCAUAAGCGAAGCCCGCUGACCAAUGGA